AUGCUUUCUCCUAGGAAUUUAGCCGUCGCUGCUUUGCUAGGACUGUCAUCCGCCCAAGACACUUAUGACUAUGUUAUUAUUGGAGGUGGUGUCUCCGGCCUUGUUGUAGCCAAUCGCCUGACCGAAGACAAGAAAAAAUCCGUACUUAAAGGGACGGAAUUCGUCCCACCUCCAGCGGAAACGGUCGAACAGGUUGGAAUUACUUGGGAUCCUGAGGGCUACGGAAAGGGUCCAUUGAAGCUUGGCAUCUCCGACACGCAAUACUCCGAUAUUGUUGAUUACUUCAAAGCCUUCCAAGGCACUGGCGGCGCGUAUCCGGCUCGCGAUGGUAACAAUGGCGAGGCAUAUGGCACCUCAUGGUACCCCAACACGAUGAAUCCCAGAACCGGUGAAAGGUCGCACGCCCGUAACUCGUACUACGACCCUGUGAUGAGCCGGACGAACCUGAAGGUCGUACUGCAGACUGUGGCGACCGAGCUCGUGUUCGAUGGUGAAAAAAAGCUCACUACAAAGGGGGUAAAGGUCACCGAUAAGGCCACCGGCUCGUCGACAACAUACUAUGCAAAGAAAGAGGUUAUUUUGGCUGCGGCCCGUGGCAACAGUCUAGCCAUGAUCCCACUUCCUGUAGUGGAUCCUGAAAACUACCGCAGUCUCGCAAACCGAAUCCGUGGCCUCAAGAACGACGAGUACUUGCCACCGAUCUACAAGAACAACAAGAAGCUGCUCAAGGGUGUCAAGGCACAGCGCAAAGUACUCACUGAUAUUUUUGAGAACGAAAAGGCAGCUGUUGUAGAAUACGGUAUUCCGUCAUCAGGCGGCUACAUUCUUGUUGUGUUUUCGUCUCCACAAUAUCUUUGCUUUUACCAGAUCAUCUGGUAUUUCUUCUUCUCUUCCCUUCCCUCUUAG